CGUUAACACUACACUGUGUCACUUAUUUGGCGCAUCCUCCACGCUGCACGCUGCUGUCGGGGCUCGGGACUGUGCAAAGUGGAGAGAUAGCAGCGGAGACCGGGCAAAGCGGAGAGAGAGCAGCGGAGGAGAGCACACACGCCCCGGGAUGGACGCGCUCAAAUCCGCCGGAAGAGCCAUCAUCAAGAGCCCCGGAGUCCCGCGCCACACCUGGGGAACUUCCAAACACGAGAAGCUGCCGGAGAACUGGACUGACACUAAAGAGACUCUCCUGGAGGGUAUGGUGUUCAAUGUCAAGUACCUGGGUAUGACUCUGGUGGGACAGCCCAAAGGAGAGGACAUGGCCUCUGCAGCCAUACACAGGAUUGUGGCCACAGCCCGAGCCAGCGCCAAGAAGUUCAGAAAAGUUACACUUACAGUUUCACCCAAAGGCAUCGUCAUCACGGAUACAGAGACCACUGACCUCAUAGAAAACGUCUCUAUUUACAGAAUCUCCUACUGCACAGCGGAUAAAACUCAGGACAAAGUGUUUGCUUAUGUGUCCCAGAGUGAGUUCAAUGAGACCCUGGAGUGCCACGCCUUCCUCUGCCAAAAGAGAAAGAUUGCUCAGGCGGUGACAUUAACAGUGGCCCAGGCCUUCAAAGUAGCCCUUGAUCUUUGGGAAAUUGCUCAGGAAGACAAAAACAAAAAGUCCGGGACCUGCCCAUGUUCAUGCUCUGGGAGUAAGAGUCAGACAGAGACAACUGGUGCAGAAGAGGUACAACACAAGCCAGUACAGACAGAAGAGAAGGUGCGGAGACCCUUCUUAGCCGCUUUACUUCACUCUCCUUUACCCCGCAGUAACCCCACACGCAGAAGACCCAUCAAACACGACUCAUGGGAUGUGGAUGACGGUCUGGAGGAUGCAUUUUCAAGCAAUAUGGAGGUGAAGGAGAUGGACACCGACUGCCCGAGUCCAAACCCUGCCCUGACGAUGCAGCUCUGAAGUCUCAGACGCAGCCACAAAACGCUCCUAAACCUGCACUGGGCUCAUGGUGAAUCUGAGGCUCUUCUGUAUUCUCCUCCUGCUGCAGAAAGGCCAUGGAGACUUACCCUUCUUUUAACAAAACUACUUUUCUCUGAGCCAGUGCCAGUUCACACACUCCUCAUUGUAAACAGACAUUCCCCGCUGUACUCUGAUUCACAAACUGCAAGAUGAAAGAUGCUCCUCACAGUGUGUGCGAUAUCGCAAUGGAUUACUGACACUUUGAUUUUUUUAUUAAAGACUUUUUAAGAUCAGAGUCUACCGUUUGAUCCAAACUUUUGAAAACAUCAUCAAGGAUCAUUUGUAAUUUAACUAGAUUAAAUAUUUCUCAUUUUUAUCGUUUGUUUGUUUGAUGAAGCUGCCAGAUCUGUUGGAGAUGUUCCAGUGUAAAGAAAUAGAGAGUGAGUAAACAUGAAUUACUCAGUCUGGUCCCACUGGAGUUUGAUUCAGUAUCCACUUUCAAGUUAGCUGGUGUUUAUUACUACAUAUAUGUGGAUAUAAUAUUAUGAAAAGACCGUUUACUUGCAUAAUUUUAGAAAACAUGCUGAGACAAUUGAGACUUUUCUAUAUUUUGCCCUUAAGAUUAUUUUAACCACAUGUCCUCUAUGUUUAUUCUUUGUUUUGAAGUAAUAUUUUCCAUAAUGUUACCAAUAAAACCUAAUGUAAAAAGUAUAAUAUAUUUAUAUAAACACCUCCAAGUUACAGUACUUUCUGUAUUUUCUAUCAAUUGUACUAUUAUGUGUUAAUUAUAUACCAUGAGACUAGUAAGAGAAUUACUAUUAUCAGGUCUGUGCAUUGUUUUAAUAUUGUUUCUUGUAUCUCAGUAUUACGACUCUUUUGUAGAGCUCCAUCAGUCAUUUAAAUAAUGUACGACCAAACUACUUCUUUUUUUAUUAUUGUCAAACUGCUCUGUGUUGCCACUCAGUAAUUAGUUUAAUAAUUGACUCAAACGUUACACUGAGCAACUUUUACAGGAAAUGUACAUUCUACUCAAACAGAUUACCCCCAUUGACGACAAUUAACUGUGUUACAUGUGAGCUCCACCUCUGUUGACUCUCAAAACUCAUGUCUAUGUAACAUUCUGGUGAGGGGUUCUGUCACCUGCCUGUCUGCAAGGAUUUAUCGCUUUGUCUGGAAUGUUCCGAAGUAUGGCAUUAAUCUAAUCUAUCAUAUAUGUUCAAUUAUAAGUGUUUUGUUGCUUAAGCAAUACCUUGAAAAAUAAUACACUCAAAGGCAGGGUCGCCUUUCCACAGAUCAGACCUGUAACUUGGCAUGUUACAUAGUGAACCUUUAACUUCUCAACCUUUUAUUUUUAUCUCCUGUUAAGGACACAUUUUGGCCCAGACCAGCUGCAGUGGCCCUUGCCAACACCACAGUUGGGAAUAAUAGUGAUGAAGAGGGGGAGGCGGAGUCAGGCGAUGCUGUUGUUGUCAUGACACCCACUGCAGAGUAAUUGAACUGCUUAUCAGGUUAUUGCCAUGAAGCUUAAAUUGUACUAUUAUACGAAAGAUAGCAAGCAGUAUGGAGUGGAAUGAGCAUUUCAGAUCAGAUCAAAUAAUUAUCCACAAACAAGACAUACUAAAAGUCAAGGUCAACAGAGGUCAUGAUAGAAUUUCAUCGACAAUAACAGUAUGUUCUAUGGCACACUUAUUUUUCUUCAAUAAACCACCAUUUGUCUGGUCAUAUAUUGAUGUGUGGAUGAUUUAGUACAAGCUUAUCUAUUCCAGGAGGCGUGGACACUCAGAAGUGUUAUGGAAAUUAGAUUUGAUUUACACUCAAAAAUAUAAAAUUUGGUGUAUUACCAAAGUUUAGUAUUUUUCAUGCAAGUGGAGAGAACCUUGCUUGUCUCCAUGGAGAUGUUAUUGCUUUGCCUGGAAUGUUACACAGCAUCUCAUUAAAGUUAUCAGUCUCUAAGUCAAUUAACAGGUUAGAUCUGUGGAGAGGGGUGACCCCACUCACAGUAAGAAUUCGCAUUUUUCAAGUAUAUUUGAACAACAAAAACACCUAUAAUAAAAUGUAUGCAGAUAUAAAGAGGUUUGAUGCUAUACUGUGGAACAUUCCAAAGCAAAUCAAUAUCAUGCAGUAAUAUUUCCAUGGAAAAAAAGCAGACCCUUAAACAGAAGUUAUAUAAUGCAAGGGCAGAAUUCUACCUUGAUGAUAAUGGCGAUAUUUAUGACUACUUAAAUUUAUCUAGAAAUGUCACUUUUGGGAUCCAUCAUUGAAUCUACCCUUUAGCAAAACAGUGUGUCUAAACUGCAUUCAUAGAAACAUUUUACCAUUUUAUUUUUUUAAAAGCAUUACAGGCAAUAGUAAAUUUAUGUAACUGUGGGAUUAUGUAACCUUUUUAAUUUUAAUUAUACCAGUGCAUUAGAAAAUGAACUGGCGAGUCACCCAACCUUUCUAUUCAGUCAGGUUGGGCACAAGCUCACACCAUAUUGCAUUUUGUUGGUUUCUCAUCCCAAGUGCUCAUGACUUCAAAGAUCUGACAAUGCUGAUGAUGGUUGCAAUUCCAUAUGAAAUUCAUGUACACUCACUACUUGCUUUUAAUGACUAUAUGGUUAUCUAAAGGAAUAUAUCUGAUAGACUACUACUUACAGUUUACAGUAUUUGGUGCUUAGUUUGUACUAUGCAAUUAGUAGGUUUUGAAAAUUGUUAUAUUGUAAUACCAGAUAUUUGUAUAUAUCACAUCUCCCAUGUUAAAAUUGUACAUAAGGUAUAAAUAUCAUGGUUUGGUUUCUGCACAAUAAAAUUUGUAU